AUGCUGGGGCUGUUACCGCCGCUGCUCACCAGCCUCCGAACCCAGUCAGGUAAAGCAGACCACCUACACAGCAGGAAGGCAUGCAGCCCCUUCACCGAGGUUCCUCCCAACACUGCUCCUGCCAUCGACAACCGCGGUCCUUCCACACUCAUCCGACCCACCCCCAAUUCUCCCCAAAUCCCAAGCCCCCAUCUCGCUACCGCGGCGCCCUCAACCGCAUCGAUAGCCAUCCCAAUGGCGAGCAUCAUUAUCCGACAGGAUCCGGGAUCCAUUUACCGACCCGGCCGAACCAACAUCGGCUACAGCAUUUUCAGCGACGAUGGCGUGAUUGGAGAACCCGCCCCUCAGGACGAAGAUUCUUGGAUCGAGUUCCUGACCGACGAGGCGAUCGAGGACCUCGACAUGACUCCGGAUGGCCUCUCUGAGAGCGAUACGCAGUCGCACGACGCCCAGCCCGAAAUGUCAGAGAAAGUCAUUGACUCAAUCGAGGCGGUGAACAGAGAGGACGGGACCGAGGAGGAGAACCAGGAGGACAAGGCCAGUCAUUCCAUUGCCACCCGGGUUCGAAAUGUAACAUCUCCCUUCCUAGCUUCUCGUUCUCGCAAUAUUGACUUUCAGGUACAGGGACCUCUCAGCCCCAUGUUAGUUGAUGGCAUCCCCCAGGACUCCACGUUGGACGGCUUCCGAGGCUUCUAUGACAACAUGGGCAACCCCUUCUUCCAACAUGACUAUGACUAUGAGCCCGCUUUACCCCCUCACCUCCGUCGCCCCAUCUUCGUCGACUGGGCCGAGCCCUUCAAGAACCCCGUCUACGCUCUUCGUUACCUUGCAGAGAUUGCCGGAGACUACUACACCGUGGCUCUCAUGAACCAGAGAAUCAGCAUGCAGCAACGCCCGCAGACACCAGGUGCUCAGAGCGUCUUGCAGUCGCACCUGCUCUCGCCUGCUGCCUCGCAUAUCGCUACGCCCGCUCGCACGCCGGCUACUAAGCGCCUUCGCUUCUCCGACGAUGUCGUUCGCUCUGGUUAA